GUGAAAGACUGUGAGAAGGUUGGAGAAGAGAGACCCUGGCCUCUACAGGGAGGAGAGAGACCCUGGCCUCUACAGGGAGGAGAGAGACCCUGGCCUCUACAGGGAGGAGAGAGACCCUGCCCUCUACAGGGAGGAGAGAGACCCUGCCCUCUACAGGGAGGAGAGAGACCCUGCCCUCUACAGGGAGGAGAGAGACCCUGCCCUCUACAGGGAGGAGAGAGACCCUGCCCUCUGAAGACGGCCUCAGUAGAUUCCUCCUGGAGAAGCAGCCAGCUAUCACAUGUCAACUACUAUGGUGGCUACCUGGGUGGGGCCCAGCAGGGGCGGACACUGAAACAAGGCAGCACAGACACAAAAAAGGACAACACAUCCUCGGACCCCAGCUUCUCCAGAUUGCAUCUCCCUCCCCUUUUGUCUGGCUCAGUGGUCAGUCUGGACCAGGACAGUAGUAGGAGGAAACCAAGAAGUCCAGGUGGACUGGGGGGGAAGUUCCUGCCACUCAUACAUGAGGCGUAUGUCAGCUCUGAGGAUCCAGCCCAGACCCAGCCAGAGAGUACCCAUCCAGAGAGUACCCAUCCAGAGAGGUUAACCCAGACCUAUCCUGUCCAUCCAGCCCACACCAUCCUAGAGCCCCAAGCCCAUCCAGAGAGGGCCCACCUGGAGAAGCCAGGGCCCAGGAGGCUGUUGCUGUCAGUGCUACUACCUCUUGGACAUACAGAAGAGGAGGGGGUUCAGGCUCCGUGUGCUGAUGUCCACUACAAGCCAUCAGAGGAGGAGAGAGGGGAGCCUCACUGUGGAGAGAAGGGACACAAAAGAGAGAGCACUAGAAGAGGGGAAGGAGAAGGACGAGGAGGAGGAGGAGUAGGAGGAGGAGGAGGAAGGGGUCUCCCUGAGAAAGGCUCUAAGCAGACCUGGCCUGAGCAGAACGGUCUCUCCCUACUACAGCCUGGGGAAGAGGCUGCUGUCCCCCUGGCUGGUCCCCUGGCUGGUCGGCUCAGAGGCCCAGGCAAACAGAGCUCCAUGGCCAUCUACAAAGACAGAUCUGAUGUCCAUGCCCCCUGGGACCCCUCCGAUCCUGGGAGGGCCAUGGUCAGAGGCAGCCUACCCCUGGAGCUCAGAGAGUGGCAGCAGCAGACAGGCAGAUCCCAGGGCACCUUGAUCUUGGGUCCUGAUGGUGAGGUCAUACAGAUGUCGCCGUGGGACCCUAAUAAUAUGUCUGCCACUGAGGACCAGCCCGCCCUUACCUCUGCUCUGGACCAGGUCACACGAGACCAUGCUCUUCAGGUCCUAACCUCAGAGGGGGAGCUACCCUGGGUCCUACUGAUGCAGACACAGUCUAUAGCCACAGGGGAAGCCAGUAAUCCCGAAGGACCCCCAGCCAACAUGGAACAAUGUGAAUUAGUCCAAACGGUAGGAUCUGAUGGACAAACUGCCCUGUCUGGUGGCCAGAGACACAGACAGGGACCUGAACCUUCCAGGAACAGAACUACAGGGAAACAGCUGCACCCAGACACUCAGAGACCUGGAGGAAGCGAUAAACACAUGGCUGCUGUCAGCUACAACAGCAGGACAGUGGAGAUACCAAGACAGGAGGAAGGGAAGGAGGCGAGGAGGGAGGAAGCUGAGGAGAAGUCUACAACAAGGAAGAGGAGCCAGGAUCGGGAAAAGCCAGGUCCACAGAGGAGUGGGGUAUCCUCCUUACCUACCACAGAAGAAGAAGAGACCCAAAACAUCAACCCCCACAAACCUUCACAGCCCAUCCCCACAGGCCACUCCACAGAAUGGGCCUUCUCUCAGAACAGAAGUCCCAAACACUCAGAGGGACCCCUUACACCCAGUGGCAGGAGAGGAGGCCAUUCUAAGAAAACAAACGUGACAGUAGAUGAGCAGAAUCCACAGCAGGCAGAGGGACAGACACAGGAAACAGGGGAACAAGCCAGCAGAGAGAAGGACACAUUGAAUAAAGAGAAAAAGAGAAAAGUGAAUGAAGGGCAGGAGCAGGAAGUCCUCUCCAAGGAGGCGGGGAAGGUCUUGAGGAAGAAGAAAAAGGACCGGGUCAAAGAUCAAGCUGAGUUUAUUGUCGGAAAACCUAAAGGCCACGUGGACGUGGAGAGGACGAAGAAGACCAAAGAGACUAAAGGCCACUUGGACGUGGAGAGGACGAAGAAGACCAAAGAGACUAAAGGCCACGUGGACGUGGAGAGGACGAAGAAGACCAAAGAGACUAAAGGCCACCUGGACGUGGAGAGGACGAAGAAGACCAAAGAGACUAAAGGCUUAUCUGAGACGUCUCCAUCUGCUCUGAGUCCUGAUGGAGAUGUGAAGGACACCGAAGACGAUAGUGCUGCACUAAACGCACAUGAAGAGGAACAUAGUGACCUCGUCCAAUCCCCGAGAUCCCAUCACAGCUCUGUAAACAGGAGCUCCUCAUCCAAUGGGCAGUCAGGUCAGAGUUCACACAGAUCUAACUCCUGUGAGGACGAGGUUUUACCGUGCGGACAACGACGGUCCUCUCAUGAGCAACUGUCACCCUGCUCGGUUGUCAUGACAGCAGAAACACAACCUUUAAAUCUGGUCAUAUCUGACGCCAGCAUCAGUACUGACAAGAACAGAGGAGAGGCCGCAGCCCAUAUGGAGCAACAGAAGAAUGUGUUGGCUGAGAAGGCAGAGCGUCGCCGACUAGAGGUGGAGAGGAAGAGGAAGGAGAGAGAGGAGGAGAGGAGGAGGCAGCAGGAGCGGGAGGAAAGAGAGGAGUGCAUGAGGCUGGAGCUGGAAGAGGAGCAGAAUCAGAGAGCCGAGGAACUCAGGCUGAGGAGACUGGCUGAGGAGGAAGAGAGACAAAGGUUAGAGGAGAAGGAGACUGAGAGGAGAAGAAGGGAGCAGGCGGAGAAAGAGAGGGAGUGGAGGAAGAAGGAGCAGAAGAGACGACAGUUGGAGAUGAUUCAGAAGAUCAGACAGGAGGAGGAGGAACGCAGGGCAGCUGAGUUGGAGCUGCAGCGACUAGAGGAGGCGAUGAGUAAGGAAGAGGAGAGGCGGAGGCUGGCAGCGAUGGAGGACCAUGAGAAGAGGGAGUACCUGCAGAAACAGAAGGAGGAGGAAGAGGAGAGGAGGAAGGCAGUGGAGGAGAGAAAAAGCAGAGAGGAGGAGGCAGCGCAGUGGGCAAAAGAAGAGGCACGACUACAAGCUGAACUGUUUGCCAGGCAGAGGGCUUUACUAGAGCAGCAGCUGCAGUUCAGGCGAGGCCUGCUGACGGAGGCCGGGGCUUUGGGACAGACUCAGGACAUCUCUCGAGCCUGGGUCUACUCUUACUUCCAGCUCAUACAACUACUGGGGCUGGCUGAGGUCCCCACAGCACAGGAAGACUCACCCAAAGACAUGUCCUAGAAUGUUUGAUGGGGUUGGUGAGAAAGUAAAGGAUUGUCGUUCAAUGAAACGUCUCAUUCAAGGACAUGUGACAGGAAGUAGGACCCCUACUGAUAGUAAUAACAAUAAGUGUUUACAAUAUCAUAACAAAACAAAAAAACGCAGCAAUUUUUUUUAAAAACCACAAUAAAAAUGAAGUUGAAAAAGCC